AUGGAGCUGGCGGCGGGGCUGCUCUUCCUCUCGUGCCUGGCUGCGGAGGCGCGGCUGGGUUCUGCGGUUAUUGAUCUUUGUUGUUUUGCAGGCUUGCCAGUUUCCCUGGAUCCGCCAUCCCUUAGCAUCCAAAAAGCUGUCCUGACGGUAGCUGCAAAUGAGACACUACAAAUUACUUGCAGUGGCAAGAGGGCUUUGGAAUGGCAUUGGCCUAACAACCAGAGUAGUUCCGAAAACCGGUUAGCAGUGACUGACUGUACUGACAAUAUCUACUGUAAGAUGCUGACACUUACAAAAGUAAUAAGCAAUGAUACCGGGGCCUAUGACUGCUUUUACCAAGACAACCGCAAAAUGUCAAGUAUUUAUGUUUAUGUGCAAGAUUUUAUGGAUCUUCUAGAUCACAGAUCUCCAUUUGUGACCUCAGUUACUGACCAACUUGGAGUUAUAUAUAUAACUGGAAACAAAACUGUUGUAAUACCAUGUCUUGGGUCUACAUCAAACCUCAACGUUUCACUCUAUACGAAGUAUCCAGACAAAAUAUUUGUUCCUGAUGGUAAAUCAAUUGUAUGGGACAGUCAAAAGGGUUUCACUAUUCCCAGUAACCUAAUUGGCGACGUGGGCAUGGUCUUCUGCAAAGCUAAGAUCGAUGAUGAAAGCUAUCAAUCCAUGAUGUUCAUUGUGGUGGUGGUUGGUUAUAAAAUUCAUGAUCUCACCAUAAAUCCUCACCAAGUAGAGCUGGCAGCAGGAGAGAAGCUAGUCCUAAACUGUACCGCAAGGACAGAACUGAAUGUGGGAAUUGAAUUUGAUUGGGACUGCCCAUCAAGCAAAAUGAAUAAGAAAAAGCACAUUACAGUCAGGGAGAUAAAGACAUCAUCGGGUAGUGAAGUGAAGAAGUUUGUAAGUACUCUCACCAUCGAGCAUGUGACUGUGAAUGACCGAGGACGGUACAGUUGCACAGGCUCCAGCAGUCGCAUGGCUAAGACAAGCAGCAUCAGCGUCAUUGUCCACGAAAAGCCUUUUAUUAGUUUGGGGAGGAUGCCAUCUCUGGUGGAAACAAGGCUGAGCGAACAAGUCAGAAUUCCUGUGAAAUUCACAGGGUAUCCAUCUCCAGAAUUAAAAUGGUAUAAAAAUGGAAAACCCAUCACUGCAAAUCGUACAGUUAAACUUGGUCACUCCUUGACUAUUUCUGAAACGAGUGAAAGAGAUGCUGGGAAUUAUACGGUUGUACUAACCAAUCCUAUUAAUAAGGAACAAGAGAGACACACAUUUCAUCUGGUCGUGAAUGUCCUACCACAGAUUGGGGAGAAUUCUCUUUUAGCACCAGUGGAUUCUUAUAAGUAUGGCUCCACUCAAGCCCUAACAUGUACCGUGUAUGCUGUUCCGUCAGUGCCUAAGAUUCAGUGGUACUGGCAGUUUGAAGAAGAAUGUACUUUCAACCCUCACCAAACUGGACUGGGGAAUAAUCCUUAUGCCUGUAAGUCAUGGAAAGACAUAACUGAUAGAAGAGGUGGAAAUCAGAUUGAAACAGUAAAAAAUCAAUUGGUUGCUAUCGCUGGGAAAAUGAAGACCGUAAGCACUCUUGUAAUCCAAGCAGCAAAUGUGUCCGCUCUGUAUAGAUGUGUGGCUAGUAACAAAGCUGGAGAAGGCGAGAGAGUCAUCUCCUUUCAUGUUACCAGAGGCCUUGAAAUUAAUCUUCAGCCUCAAAGUCAGCCUACUGAGAUGCACAACGUGUCCCUGCAGUGCACAGCUGACAAGCUCACAUUUGAAAACCUGACCUGGUUUAAGUUCAGCCCUCGGGCCUCGAAGAUAUAUCUUGGUGGGCUGCCGUUGCCUGUUUGCAAGAACCUAGAAGCUCUUCAGAAAUUGAAUGCUGUUGCUACAAGGGCCAGUGGGGAGAACAUUACUAUGGAGCUACUCCUCCAUAAUAUCUCCCUCCAAGAUAGUGGGGAUUAUGUAUGCAUCGCCCAGGACAAAAAGACCAAAACACAGCAUUGUCUUGUCAAACAUCUCACUGUUCAAGAACCAGUGGCACCCAUCAUUAUAGGGACCCCUGAGAAUCAAACAGCAGAUAUUGGGGAAACUAUAGAAGUGUCUUGCAUAGCAAAUGGAACUCCUUCUCCUCUAAUCACUUGGUUUAAAAACAAUGUAUCCCUUAUUGAAGAUUCAGGUAUUGUUCUGAAAGAUGGGAACAGAAUUCUUACCAUACGAAGGGUGAGGAAGGAGGAUGAAGGCCUAUACAGCUGUCGUGCUUGCAAUAUCCUCGGUUGUGCAAAAGUGGCUUCAUUUUUUGCAGUGGAAGGCACUGAUGAGAAAACGAAGCUCGAGUUCAUUAUCCUGGUUGGGACCGCAGUAAUUGCCAUGUUCUUCUGGUUGCUCCUCGUAAUAAUUCUCCGGACCGUUAAACGGGCCAAUGGAGGAGAACUGAAGACUGGCUACCUCUCCAUUAUCAUGGAUCCUGAUGAAGUCCCUAUGGAUGAGCAAUGUGAACGUCUUCCUUAUGAUGCCAGCAAGUGGGAGUUCCCCAGGGACCGCCUAAACUUAGGUAAACCGCUUGGCCGAGGAGCAUUUGGCCAAGUCAUUGAGGCAGAUGCAUUUGGAAUUGACAAAACUGCUACCUGCAAAACAGUGGCUGUGAAAAUGCUUAAAGAGGGUGCAACCCAUAGUGAACACAGAGCACUGAUGUCCGAGCUCAAAAUCCUCAUUCACAUUGGUCAUCAUCUCAAUGUGGUUAACUUAUUGGGGGCGUGCACAAAAACAGGAGGUCCACUCAUGGUGAUUGUAGAAUACUGCAAGUUUGGGAAUCUGUCAGUGUAUUUAAGAAGCAAGCGGAGUGAGUUUGUGCCAUACAAGACCAAAAAUGCCAGAUGUAGGCAUGGAAAAGACAACCGUGUUGGCGAAGUCCCUGUGGAUCUGAAGAGACGUCUGGACAGCAUUGCCAGCAGCCAGAGCUCAACAAGCUCAGGGUUUGGAGAGGAGAGAUCCUUCAGUGAUGUGGAAGAAGGCGAUGCAGCAUCUGAAGAUCCUUGCAAAAACUCUCUGACCCUGGAGGACCUCAUCUGCUAUAGCUUCCAAGUAGCCAGGGGGAUGGAAUUCCUGGCUUCACGAAAGUGUAUCCAUAGAGACCUGGCAGCUCGCAACAUCCUCUUAUCAGAGAACAACGUGGUCAAAAUUUGUGAUUUUGGACUGGCCCGAGAUAUCUACAAAGAUCCCGAUUAUGUGAGGAAAGGAGAUGCCAGGCUUCCCCUAAAGUGGAUGGCACCAGAAACCAUUUUUGAUCGAGUGUAUACAAUUCAAAGUGAUGUGUGGUCUUUUGGUGUACUGCUGUGGGAGAUCUUUUCAUUAGGAGCAUCUCCUUACCCUGGUGUAAAGAUUGAUGAAGAAUUCUGUAGAAGACUGAAAGAGGGAACGAGGAUGAGGGCCCCAGACUAUACAACGCCUGAAAUGUAUCAGACGAUGUUGGAUUGCUGGCAUGGAGAACCCAAACAAAGACCCACUUUCUCAGAACUGGUGGAACAUCUGGGAAAUGUAUUGCAAGCAAAUGUUCAUCAGGAUGGUAAAGACUAUGUUGUCCUUCCUCAAACUACACUGCUGAACAUUGAAGAGGACUCUGGAGUCUCGCUGCCCACCUCACCUGUUUCCUGCAUGGAGGAAGAGGAAGUGUGUGAUCCCCAGUUCCAUUAUGACGACACCUCAGGAAUGAGUGAGCUUCACAAAGGAAGUAUAAGAAGGAGCCGUCCCGUGAGCAUAAAGACCUUUGAAGAUGUGCCUGUAGAACCACUGGUAAAAGUGGUUCAAGAGGAUAAUCAGACAGAUAGUGGAAUGAUUCUUUCAUCAGAAGAGCUCAAGACCCUAGAAGAGGAAACUAAACUGUUGAUGUUGCCCUUUAGUGGAUUGGUCUCCAGUAAAAGUAACGAGUCUGUUAUGUCUGAAGCUUCAAAUCAGACAAGUGGCUACCAGUCAGGAUAUCAUUCAGAUGAUAUGGACGCCACAAUUUACUCUGGUGAAGAAAUUGAACUCUUACCUAUAAGAGAAGAUCUUUCUCAGACUUCCUGUGCCUUGGUAUGUGGCCCUGAGAUACCUCCUGUUUAA